CGUUUUAUCACAUUUUCAGAUUGAUCCAAAACAUUUCUAAAUAUGAUAGUUUUACAAAAUCAUUAAUUCUGUUGAUAAAUAUACAAGUAUAGCCCAUGACACAUCAAACAAUUGAAAUAAUUUACCAUGAAAAUGUAAACUGUAAUGAAAUUCGGACAAGGAAUUUCAACUACAGUGACAUAGGUUAAAAACAGAUGGAUGCAAAAGAGAUAAAGACACUUCUUAAGAAUGCUCGAGAGGCAAUCAGAAAAAAAGAAUUCAAAGAAGCCUUAAAACAUUGCAAGGCAAUAUUAUCUGAGGAUGGAAACCACUACAUGGCCCUAGUGCUGAUUGCCGUUGCUGCAGAAGGUUUAGAACAGUAUGAUCAAGCAUUGAAGGCAUACAAGCGUGCUAUAGAUUCUGAUGAUACACAGUUGUUAGCUUGGCAGGGUUUGUGCAGUUUCUAUGAAAAGAAUGCAAGCGCUGAAUUUGUUCAAGAUCAGAUAGAUGCCUAUUUGAGGAUGGUAGAAUUCCAUGCCAGGUACAUUGUACAUCAGAAAAUGCUUAUUAUGUCCCCACAAAGUGGGGUGCAUAUAGGGUUACACUUGUCCGUCCGUCCGUACGUCCGUCCUAUCUCUGUCCGUACGUCCCGAAAUCUUGUGAACGCAACUCCUCUUAAACCGGAUGGCAGAUUUUGCUUAAACUUUCAGGGAUGAACAACCUUAAUGUGU